UUCGCUUAAAAACUACAUAAAAAACUCCGUCAAUACCAAAACAACAUCGAAAAUGUCGUUCGAGGAAGACGACGAGUCGUUCGAGCACACACUCCUGGUGGUGCGCGAGGUUUCCGUUUACAAAAUUCCCCCUCGUUCUACUGCCGGCGGCUACAAAUGCGGAGAAUGGUUACAAUCCGACAAGAUCUGGUCGGGCCGGCUUCGAGUCGUAUCCUGCAAAGACCGGUGCGAGAUCCGAUUAGAAGAUCCGAACUCCGGCGAUCUAUUCGCUGCUUGUUUCGUUAACCCUGGACAGCGGGAGAACUCGGUAGAGACAGUCCUCGACUCGUCCCGGUAUUUCGUACUUAAAAUCGAGGACGGGACAGGUAAGCACGCGUUUGUUGGUCUAGGGUUUACAGAGAGAAAUGAAGCGUUUGAUUUUAAUGUGGCGUUAUCGGAUCACGAGAAGUACGUGAGACGAGAAAAUGAGAAAGAGAGUGGCGAAACGAGUGAGAGUGAUGCUCAUAUUGAUAUUCAUCCUGCCGUUAAUCAAAGAUUAAAGGAAGGGGAGACUAUAAGAAUCAAUGUGAAGCCUAAGCCAUCUGCUGGAGCUGGAAUGCUAUCAGCUGCAGGGCUGUCUGGAGGGGUUUCAACAACUGGAAAGCCUAAACCUUUAGCAAUUGCGCCGCCACCAACUGGAGUGGGGAAACUAAGGUCUCCGCUCCCACCACCACCCAAUGAUCCUGCUGCUGCUCGAAUGACGGCAGGGAAUCAUGGUGGAAUUGGUCUUAAAGUACCACCCAAGGAAUCUACUCGAUGGUCCACUGAUUCUUUAUCAGAUUUGUCUCCGCUUGAGAGAAAUCUUCCAUCAACAGCAUCAGGAUCAACCAAGACAACUGCAUCAGGAUGGGCUGCUUUCUGAUUGUGUUGGGGAUUUGUUGAGCAUGAUAAAGGCAUUUGUUUAAUGUGUUUUUUGUAAAAGCUGAAAAAAUGAACUACGAAAUCGAGAAAUGUAAGCAAGCAGGAGCUACCAAAUACCAUCAUGUGUGCAAAAUAAUGUUAUAUCAAAUGCUUCUCUUCUUCAUACAUGGAUUGAGUUCUUAUUUCUACAUAAUAGAGAAAAGUUUUGUGUCUC